UUAAGUUAUUGUUAAAUAUCGUGUUGUAGCAGCAAGUUAAAUAAGCGGCUAAAUCACAAUUAAACGGCAACUGUUUUUGGUGUUUGAAUUUUUGAAUCGACAAAGAGAAAUUGAAGUGGCCGUUUUUUUUUGCAAUUUAACAAUAAUUGGGGCUUUUCCGUUCAAUCGAAAAGUGUUUGUUUUCUUUCUAUUAGAAAAAGGCAGUAAACAAAUUUAACGAUUUUUUUUGUGAGAACGUUGUUUUUGUGAUAUUUAGUAAUCAAAAAUGAAUUUUUACCAAAAUCUGGGGAUUUUUUUAGUGAUAUUCUUUUAUUUGCAAAAUGGGUGGUGUGAGAAGGUGAAUCGAAAAUUUCCAUCAGAUUUUCUAUUUGGUGUUGGAUCAUCGGCAUAUCAAGUCGAAGGUGGAUGGAAUAAACAUGGCAAAGGAGAAUCAAUUUGGGAUGUUUUAACCCAUCAAUACCCGGAGAAAAUGACAGAUAAAAGUAAUGCUGAUGUUACAUCCGACAGCUAUCACAAUUGGCGUCGUGAUGUGGAAAUGGUUCGCGAACUUGGCGUCGAUAUUUAUCGAUUUUCAAUUUCAUGGACGAGAAUUCUUCCAAAUGGUUUUGUCACUAAUGUUAAUAAACAUGGAAUCCGCUACUACAACAAUUUAAUCAAUGAAUUAUUAAGAUAUAAUAUUACGCCAAUGGUGACAAUUUACCAUUGGGACUUACCUGCACGUUUACAAGAAUUGGGUGGAUGGACAAAUCCAGCAAUUAUUGAUUAUGUGACUGAUUAUGCAAAGAUUUUAUUCGAACAAUUUGGCGAUCGUGUUAAGAUAUGGACGACAAUCAAUGAACCUUGGCACAUAUGCGAACAAGCGUAUGGCGUUGAUUUUAUGGCACCAGCUAUGAAUUUUCCAGGCAUUCCAAGCUACUUGUGCGGACAUAAUUUGUUGAAGGCACACGCUGAAAUUGUUCACUUAUACCGAGAACGCUUUCAGCCAACUCAAAAAGGAAAAAUUGGAAUUACAACCGAUACGUCAUAUACCCAGGCCAAAACUGACUCGAACGAUGAUAAGAUUGCAUCAGAACUUGCUCUACAAUUUUAUCUUGGUUGGUUUGCACAUCCGAUUUUCUCAAAGAACGGUGAUUAUCCUCAAGUAAUGAUCGAUCGAAUUGAAGCCCAUAGUAAAAUGCAAGGUUUUCCACGAUCACGUUUGCCGACAUUCACUGCCGAGGAAAUUGAACGAAUUCGUGGCACGUCCGAUUUCUUUGGCAUUAAUUCUUAUACAACUGUUUUAGUUACACGUAACGAUCACAAUAAUUCAGCUAAUUUUCCAAUACCGAGCUUCAAUCAUGAUAUGGGCGUUGUUGAAUCGGUUGACGAAAAUUGGACAAAAUCCGCAUCAGUUUGGUUGCACCCCGUUCCUUCCGGUAUGUACAAUUUGUUGAUGUGGAUCAAUAAAGAGUACGACAAUCCGCCAGUGAUUAUAACAGAGAACGGUGUUAGCGACAAUAAUGGAGUAAACGAUAUGGAUCGUGUCGAGUAUUUGAAUUCAUACUUAUCUUCUAUUUUAGAUGCAAUGGAUGAUGGUUGUAAAAUUCAGGGCUAUAUUGCAUGGAGUUUGAUGGACAGUUAUGAAUGGAGAGCUGGUUUCUCUGAACAAUUUGGAUUAUACCACGUUGACUUUUCCAGUCCGGAAAAAACACGAACGCCAAAAGCAUCGGCUAAAGUGUAUGCCCAUAUUAUUCGACAUCAUGCUGUUGAUUGGGAAUAUCGUCCAGAGCUAAGCAUCAUCAAAUAUCCAAGUGUUAUCCAGGCACAAACUAGUGGCCAUUCAUCAAAUAGCUCAUCAGCUGCCAUAACAAGUCCGAUCGCAAUUUUACUUGCUGCACUUGUGCAGUAUUCUAUUCAUUUAUUUCUAAGAAAAUAGGCCCAUUCAAAAUCCAGGCAUACGUAUAUUAUUCAGUUCAGCUAUACUCAUUUUUUUUAUUUUAAUUGCAAACAAAGCCCAUCGCACUAUUUAUUUCAUACAAAUCGUGUUAUUAAUUUUAUCAAAAAAGUCUUUUAUCGACUUUUUUUGCCACUCUGAAAUAUGUAAAAAGCAUUAGAAAUAAGUUGUAUCGAUUAAAACAAAACUGCGAUUUAUGGUCAAUACAUGAUAGUUCGAUUAUAUUGUUUGAUAAAUGAUGAUAUAUUUCUGUUUUAAAGCUAGAAGAAUUUCAAGUAAUAU